AUGGUGAUGAAGGCACCGGACCUGCCAGGCCUGGAAGAGGUUUCCAAGGGGCCCGGACCACAGCGUUGUCUCAACUCAGCAGAGCAGCAAGGCAUUUGGUGUGGGAUGGACGCUAACUAACGCCAUUCACACACAGCUCAUUAACCCUCCACCUCUUGUUCAGCUGUGGCUCUCUCCACAGAAGAGAGGAGGGUGAAGAGAAAAAUUUCUCUUUCACACAAACCCAUGUUCACACGCACACAAACGUGCACACACCCAAGAACACACACAUAAAUACACACACACGUUUGAAGCAAUACACAGAAUGAGCAGUCAAAUUACAGCUAAAGAACCAUACACAUUUAUCCUCAGAUGCCCUCUACUGUACCUGCCCACUUCUGAGUUUUUAAUUUAUGGGAGGCAUAUGGAGAAACUCAUUGUUCAUCAAUUACAGUUGACCUUCUCAUCCGGCUAGCAUGAGUUUAGGAGCUUUGCUGUUAUAUUGAGUACUUUUCCUGUGAAGUGGUCAUCAUGUUAGCAACAUUAGUACCAGGAAAAGGUCAUCAUAGAGAGUGAAAGUGAUUUUUGAUUACUGUAGGUGUAAAUGAUAUCACAGCACAAAUAGGGAUUAACACUCAACCUAAGAAAGGCAACGCCAUAAACAUUUCUUUAUUGGAAUGUACAUGCUGUAGAUAAAAAAUCAUGGCUAUUUUCCUUCGUGAACCUUUAACUUUGAUUAGAGUUUGUAUGUUCUGAAUGCUGAUUAUACAGUUGAAGUCAGAAGUUUACAUAGACCUUAGCCAAAUACAUUUAAACUCAGUUUUUCACAAUUCCUGACAUUUAAUCGUAGUAAAAAUGCCCUGUCGCAAAAUCAGUUAGGAUGACAACUUUAUUUUAAAAAUGUGAAAUGUCAGAAUAAUAGUAGAGAGAAUGAUUUAUUUCUGCUUUUAUUUAUUUCAUCACAUUCCCAGUGGGUCAGAAGUUUACAUACACUCAAUUAGUAUUUGGUAGCAUUGCCUUUAAAUUGUUUAACUUGGGUCAAACGUUUCGGGUAGCCUUCCACAAGCUUCCCACAAUAAGUUGGGUGAAUUUUGGCCCAUUCCUCCUGACAUAGCUGGUGUAACUGAGUCAGGUUUGUAGGCCUCCUUGCUCGCACACGCUUUUUCAGUUCUGCCCACACAUUUUCUAUAGGAUUGAGGUCAGGGCUUUGUGAUGGCCACUCCAAUACCUUGACUUUGUUGUCCUUAAGCCAUUUUGCCACAACUUUGGAAGUAUGCUUGGCGUCAUUGUCCAUUUGGAAGACCCAUUUGCGACCAAGCUUUAACUUCCUGACUGAUGUCUUGAGAUGUUGCUUCAAUAUAUCCACAUAAUUUUCCUUCGUCAUGAUGCCAUCUAUUUUGUGAAGUGCAUCAGUCCCUCCUGCAGCAAAGCACCCCCACGGCAUGAUGCUGCCACCCCCGUGCUUCACGGUUGGGAGGGUGUUCUUCGGCUUGCAAGGAUCCCCCUUUUUCCUCCAAACAAAACGAUGGUCAUUAUGGCCAAACAGUUCUAUUUUUGUUUAAUCAGAUCAGAGGACAUUUCUCCAAAAAGUACAAUCUUUGUCCCCAUGUGAAGUUGCAAACCGUAGUCUGGCUUUUUUAUGGCAGUUUUGGAGCAGUGGCUUCUUCCUUGCUGAGCGGCCUUUCAGGUUAUGUCAAUAUAGGACUCAUUUUACUGUGGAUAUAGAUAGUUUUGUACCUGUUUCCUCCAGCAUCUUCACAAGGUCCUUUGCUGUUGUUCUGGGAUUGAUUUGCACUUUUCGCACCAAAGUACAUUCAUCUCUAGGAGACAGAAUGCAUCUCCUUCCUGAGCGGUAUGACGGCUGCGUGGUCCCAUGGUGUUUAUACUUGUGUACUAUUGUUUGUACAGAUGAACAUGGUACCUUCAGGCGUUUGGAAAUUGCUCCCAAGGAUGAACCAGACUUGUGGAGGUCUACAAUGUUUUUUCUGAGGUCUUGGUGAUUUCUUUUGAUUUUCCCAUGAUGUCAAGCAAAGAGACACUGAGUUUGAAGGUAGGCCUUGAAAUACAUCCACAGGUACACCUCCAAUUGACUCAAAUGAUGUCAAUUAGCUUAUCAGAAGCUUCUAAAGCCAUGACAUCAUUUUAUGGAAUUUUCCAAGCUGUUAAAAGGUACAGUCAAUUUAGUGUAUGUAAACUUCUGAGCCACUGGACUUGUGAUACAAUGAAUUAUAAGUGAAAUAAUCUGUCUGUAAACAAUUGUUGGAAAAAUGACUUGUGUCAUGCACAAAGUACAUGUCCUAACCGACUUGCCAAAACUAUAGUUUGAUAACAAGAAAAUUGUGUAGUGGUUGAAAAACAAGUUUUAAUGACUCCAACCUAAGUGUAUGUAAAGUUCCGACUUCAACUGUAUGUGCAGCCUUGGUGGUUGUAGUGCAAGAUACAGAUGAUUAAAUCCCAAACCUGCCUGGUAACUAAAUGGAUCCCCGAGAGAGGACUAAUUGCAUUAGUCACACCUGGACAUCAUUACUCCCUUGAUUACUUACCCUUUAUAUAGCACUCUUUUGUUAUCAGUCAUCAGGUAGUAUUGUUUAUGUUUCAUGUCAGACGCUUCUCUUGUUUUGCACCUGCUUCCUGACUCCCUGUGUCUAUGUUACAGAAUACUACCUCUACAAAUGGAAGCAGCAGUUAACCAAGACCAUCUCCCAGAUGGUCAGCGAACAGGGACACCUACUUCGUCAACACCAUGACCAGCUGGCUCAUUUGGGGAUGGCUAUGGAUGAGGUCCUCCGCGUUCUUCAACGAGUUGACAUUACUCAAGGGGCGUCAUAUCCAAACAGCGGAGGAUUCUCUACCACAAGUCGACCCAGCGAGCCAGUACCCCAGCCCAUCCAGCAGUCCGUACUGGUCAGCGAUGGCCGAUUGUCCCACCACCGAGAGGUUGCCACGGUUAUUUCUCUGCUGACUGGACAGGCGAUGGAGUGGGCCACGGCCGUCUGGGAGAGAGGAGAGGAAGAGCUGGGUUCCUAUGAGGGGUUCUUGGCUCUGUUCAAGGGGGUCUUUGACCAUCCAGCAGAGGGCAGAGAGGAGGGUGAGCGCCUACUCCAACUGCGGCAGGAUGGGCAGACCACGGCGGAGUACACGCUCACCUUUCGGACAGUGGCAGCAUCCAGCGGAUGGAAUGAGCCGGCGCUCCACACCCUAUUCAGAAGAAGAUUGCGUGAAGAGGUCCAGACGGAGUUGGCAUGCCGAGACGACAACCUAUCCUUGGACGCCCUCAUCGCGAAGGCCAUCCGUCUGGAUAACCUUCUUCGGGAGUGUCAAUACCCCCAUCGCCUCUCUCCCUCCUCCGUUGAUCAUUCUGAGUCAGAGCCUGAACCCAUGGAGGUGGGGGCCACAUGUCUCUCCGCAGCUGAGCGAUGCCAUCGUAGAUAGCUGGGGCGCUGUCCUUAUUGCGGACAGGAUGGGCACCAGCUUCAACGGUGUCCGGUAAGUUCUAACCGGGGGUCCACAGGAGCAGAGGGACGGAUGAUCACUCCUGCGAAUUCCAUCAUCAUCACUUUCCGCCAAACCUUUCCUAGUAACAAUUUCACUGGCUGGCUGUCCUUCAUGUUUUGUUUCUACAGCUCUAGUAGACUCCGGUGCCGUGGGGAAUUGUAUUGACCAGGCCCUCGUCUCCUCCCUUAACAUCACCUCAUGCCCGCUCUCCUCUCCUUGUCUGGUUCAAGCACUGGAUAGUCAACCACAGCACCACACACCCUCACCGUGGAAUCCAUACAUCAAGAAAUACUUCCCUUCCUCAUCAUCAGUGCACCCGUACACAAGAUCUUCCUCGGCCUCCCAUGGCUUCAACGUCAUAACCCCACCAUCUCACGACUGGGCACAUGAAUGCCGGAAGACCUGCUUACCCUUUCCUUGUGGUUCCACAUCGGUUAAGAGUCCUGUGGUUGCCCUUCAGCCCAACAUCCCGGAAGUAUACCAAGAUCUUCGGGACCCGCGCCACCUGUUUUUUCCAAGACCCGCGCCACCUGUCUCCCUCCUCAUCGCCCCUGGAACUGUGCCAUCGACCUGCUUGCAGGCUCUGCGCCUCCGCGCGGCCGCAUCUACCCUCUGUCGGUGGCUGAAACCAAGGCUAUGGAGGACUACAUUCAGGAGGCUCUCCAGCAGGGUUUCAUCGCACGUCCACCUCCCCUGCGUCGGCAGGCUUCUUCUUUGUGGCCAAGAAGGACAGAGGAUUGCGCCUGCGCCUGUGCACCGAGGCGGCAGGUAGCUUAGUGGUUAAGAGCGUUGUGCUAGUAACCGAAAGGUCGCUGGUUCUAAUCCCCGAGCCGACUAGGUGAAAUAUCUGUCGAUGUGCCCUUGAGCAAGAAACUUAACCAUAAUUGCUCCUGUAAGUCGCUCUGGAUAAGAGCGUCUGCUAAAUUACUAAAAUGUAAAAUGUAAAGUACCGCUACCUUCUCCCGUUGGUGCCGGCCGCGAUUGAACAACCCAGCCAGGUUUUUCACCAAGUUGGACCUGCGGAGUGCCUACAAUUUCAUCCGCAUCCGGGAGGGGGAUGAAUGGAAGAUGGCCUUCAGCAUGAUUUCUGGUCACUACGAGUACUUGGUGAUGCCUUUUGGAAUAACCAAUGCUCUGUCAGUGUUCCAGUGAGAGAGAGAGGGGUCAGAGAGAGGUCAGAGAGAGAGAGAGAGAGAGAGAGAUUGAUUGGGGGAGAAGAGGACAGGAGAAAGAGGAAAGGAAAGUGUUACUGGUAACAUCAAAGCGGUGACCCGAUCCUGCAGGUACAUGCUCUACAACAUUCGCAGAGUACGACCCUACCUUACACAGAAAGCGGCACAGGUCCUAAUCCAGGCACUUGUCAUCUCCCGUCUGGAUUACUGCAACUCGCUGUUGGCUGGCUCCCUGCCUGUGCCAUUAAACCCCUACAAUUUAUGCAGCCCGUCUGGUGUUCAACCUUCCCAAGUUCUCUCAUGUCACCCCGCUCCUCCGCACACUCCACUGGCUUCCAGUUGAAGCUCGCAUCUACUACAAAACCAUGGUGCUUGCCUACGGAGCUGUGAAGGGAACGGCACCUCCUUACCUUCAGGCUCUGAUCAGACCCUACACCCAAACGAGGGCACUACGUUCAUCCACCUCUGGCCUGCUAGCCCCCCUACCUCUACGGAAGCACAGUUCCCGCUCAGCCCAGUCAAAGCUAUUCGCUGCUCUGGUACCCCAAUGGUGGAACAAGCUCCCCCACGACGCCAGGACAGCAGAGUCACUGACCACCUUCCGGAGACACUUGAAACCCUACCUCUUUAAGGAAUACCUGGAAUAGUAUAACAGUAAUCCUUCUACCCCCCCUCCUCCCCCACCCCCCCAUAAAAAGAACCCUGGCUAACCUAAGUUGAAUGCACCAAUUUGUAAGUUGCUCUGGAUAAGAGCGUCUGCUAAAUGACUUAAAUGUAAAUGUAAAUACAGGUUGAUGGGUGUUGAAGCAUUGCUUUAAAUUAAGGAUAAGACAUUAGAUUGUUUUGUUGAAAAGAUUCAACUGGUUCAAACCCUCUGAGGGGGUAGUUACACACAUACCCCCUCACAUUGUAAUCUAGACUCAACAGUCUGACAUCAUCAAUGACAAAAUUGGCUUCUCAUGAGGUGUCUUAAAUAUCCUGCAACUUAACUGUAUUUUUGAAGAGAUGCUAUGGGGGUUUUGUAUCAUUUCAGCCAGUAGUUCUAAAAGUAGCACUCACAAACCAAAACAGGUCUGUCAUGCCAAAUAGUGUCCACUUGCCAAAAUUGAUUAGCUGUUAGCGUCCAUUGCUAUAUCAACGGUGUGAUAAGCUAAUGCUUCGAUUUUUGGAGAUCAUUGCAGCAGCCCAUUGUCAGCCUCAAAAUGUCAUCCCGUCAUGUUUUUCAAAAAGUUAGGCUUCAACCAAUUGACACUUAUGUCAACUGGCCAUGCUCCCAGCAGGCUUUGCGGUGCCAAUGGGAAAAGAUGAGCGUCAAAAAAUGUAUGUUUCUGUCAAUACAUUGCAGUCAGUGGGAAAAGAUGAGUGUCACAGGGUCAACGCUUAUGCAGUACUUUGCAUUCAAUGGGGAAAAUGAGUGUAAAAGGGUUGACGCUUAUGUCAAUACAUUGCAGUCAAUGGGAAAAGAGAAACAACAACCACUAGACACUUCUGUCAAUACAUUGCAUUCAAUCUCAAAAUAUGAGUGUCAACCAAUUGUUGCUUAUGUCAAUACAUUGUAUUCAAUGGGAAAAUAUUAAUAUCAACCAAUUGAUGCUUUUGUCAAUAUAUUGCAUUCAAUGGGAAAAGAUAAGUGUCAAAGGGUUGAUGCUUAUGUCAAUACAUGACAGUCAAUGGGAAAAGAAGAGUGCCACAGGGUUGACGCUGAUGUCAAUACAUUGCAUUCAAUGGGGAAAAAAGAGUAUCACAGGGUUGACGCUUAUGUCAAUACAUUCCAGUCAAUGGGAAUAGAUGAUAAGAUGAGACUCACAGACAGACAGACAUGUCUCUUUCUCUCUCUCUCUCUCUCUCUCUCUCUCUCUCUCUCUCUCUCUCUCUCUCGUUAAUUAUGUCACAGUAAUGUAGUGUGACAGGUUAAUCCUUCUCAAAGUGACACAACAAAUCACUCCUCCCCUCCUUUCAGCCCUUCUGCUGUCCUCUCUCACUCCCGCAUGCCUUAUCCUCUAACACCCGGUCUCUCGCUUGUUUUCUUACUCACUCCAUUCCUGCCUGUGCAGCACCCAGAACCCCAUCACUAAGGUAAGGCGUGUACUGCCUCUGCUCACCGUGUUGUGUUGUGUUGACUUCCUGUUUAUUAUGAUGAUGAUACAUUCUAAAAAGUUGUGAAGAGCUAGUUUCACUGUUUCAAAACACAUGCGUUUAGGUCUGAUUCUGUUUGUAGGGAUGCUGGAGUGAUGCUAAAUGUACACCUGUAAUAUUUUUCCAUUGCUGACAUUGUGCCAGGUCUCUCUCGAAAAAUGUUUUUUACACCUCUAGAGAUCAUUAAUACAUUAAAAAUGGAUCAAGAAUGCACAAUAAAAUGUAUAUAUAUAUAAAAACAUUAAAAAAAAGUUUAAAUAGACAAAUGCAAGUCUAGCUGUAUAUACACAGUGAUGCGCUCGCUUCUUAAAAUUCCACAUGUAGUUCUAUAUCUGGAUUAAACAACGAUGUCCCAAAGCAGAAACACGUUGGUUGAUCAGAAUAACUAUCAGGGUGUGGCUAUCUGACAUAAAUUGUUAUAUGUUAUAUCUUUGUUAUGUGGAUGUUAGAGGAAGUCUGAUUUACUUUACAUUUUCUGUGUUGUUUCAGAGAGCUUUGACCACCACGUUUGUAAUGCAAUGUGAAAAAAUAUAUGUGAAAAAUACAUGGUAAAAACAUUUUUUUAAAUAUGUAUUUUGUAUGUCAAAAAUACAUGGCAGAUUACAAAACUGAUUGAAAAACAUUUGCUUUGAUUCAGAGUGCAUAAGGGUGGGGUUCCCAGUGCCCCCUCAUUGUAGCCCUGUAGUCAAGAGAAGAUGCAUGAAAUAGGAUUAUCUUAUCCUAUGAUCUUUCUUUCAUCACUUAACUUUACUGUUGUUUUCAUGUGAAAGAGACUCUCUGGCACAGUAAUUGAAGUGUUCUGGAGAGUAACCCAUUGUAUUCUCUGUUCCAACUCUUUUCUCUUCACAGUGUCUGUGAAGCUGCUGCAAGACCCUGUGACAAUGGCUGCUGUAAGUUAAUUGAGUAACUAUUCAAAAGGUUACUAUCCUGGUUGCCAGUCUGUUUAUACUUUAGCCAACUAGUGAACUAUUCUAAAGGCUUUUAUAACUAGAGUGGCACUCUAAGUCUGGCUUUAUCAGUGCAACGGUGUUGUAUCAAAAUCAAAUCAAAUCCAAUUGUAUUUGUCACAUUCCGCCAAAUACAACAGGUGUAGACCUUACAGUGAAAUGCUUACUUACAAGCCCUUUACCAACAAUGCAGUUUUAAGAAAGAAUACCUAAAAAAAAGAGGAAAUAAAAGUAACAAAUAAUUAGAGAGCAGCAGUAAAAUAACAAUAGCGAGGCUAGAUACAGGGGUACCGGUACCGAGUCAAUGUGCGGGGGCUCCGGUUAGUCGAGGUAAUUGAGAUAAUAUGUACAUGUAGGUAGAGUUAUUAAAGUGACUAUGCAUAGAUAAUAAACAGAGUAGCAGCAGCGUAAAAGAGGGGGGGCAAUGCAAAUAGUCUGGGUAGCCAUUUGAUUAGAUGUUCAAGAGUCUUAUGGCUUGGGGGUAGAAGCUGUUUAGAAGCCUCUUGGACCUAGACUUGGUGCUCCGGGACCGCUUGCCGUGCGGUAGCAGAGAGAACAGUCAAUGACUAGGGUGGCUGGAGUCUUUGACCAUUUUUAGGGCCUUCCUCUGACACUGCCUGGUAUAGAGGUCCUGGAUGGCAGGAAGCUUGGCCCCAGUGAUGUACUAGGCCGUACGCACUACCCUCUGUAGUGCGUACCCUCUGUAUCGAGGUGCUUGGCUUGCCAACAAGAGUUGUUUCCCACUGGACAGCAGUUGCUUCCCACUUGGCGCCUGUACCACAUGUCAACGGUGGUAGCUAACGUGGCCAAUUUGUUCCAGCCUACAUGAGAUAUAACUUGUAAUAUUGGUAGUAAACAUCUGGAUGUGAUACAGUCUACUGCUUAUUGGGGAGAGUUUGCGCUGCAAGCCAGCCACACAACAACACGGGGCACAGUGUCCUUCACCUGGAGCCAAUAUCAGGCCAGGAUGACAGCUAAAGCACAUUUAUUGUAGUGAUUUUCACCGAAAAUGUACAACUACGGCAUUAACGUCUACAUUUUUAUAAAAAAACAACAACAAAAAAUGUAUCUGAUAAAAACGGAAUGAUUCUGAACACUUUCCCAAGUCCCAACUUUGGCAGACAAGUUUCAAAUUCUCACUGAAGUUUUAAGCCACAAGCAUAAACUAGCUAGCUGGGAAGGGCUCAUCAGGACGAUUGACUGAACUGAAUCUGUUCAUCUACACGCGACAUACAUCAUCAAUUUGGGCACCAGACGUGUUCGUAUAGCCUCCACCUUUCGGGGUACAUUUGAAUGUCACUAUACGUCGCUGGUUAACUCUGUUGUUAUGUAAAAUAUGCAGGAUCUGGGAUGGGCUCCUCCUAAUCAAAGAGGUGGCUUUAGCAGCCCUCUGUAUAAUCAUGUGAGGCAGAUUAAACACUCCAUUCACUCACUGGUCUGGAUCAUUUGUGGUCUGUCCCUGGGAUGUAGUGCAGGGGGAUUAAUGUGUGUGUGUGUGUCUGUGUCUGUCUGUGUGUGUGUGUGUGUGUGUGUGUGUGUGUGUGUGUGUGUGUGUGUGUGUGUGUGUGUGUGUGUGUGUGUGUGUGUUUGUGUGUGCUUGUGUCUUUGCUUGACUGUGUGUAUCUGCUGGUAUGAAUUUCUCAAAUGUUUUUCUGUCUACACCUGCAGUUUGUCCGUAGACAUUGAGAUUCACCCUGUAUUGACAUUAAUUGAAAAGGAACUGAACCCAAACCCUCUUACAGAGUGAGGUUGCCCAUUCCAAUAACCUUUCCAUGAAUUAACCUCUUAAGGAUCGGACCCUUUUUUUCAAUUUUCGCCUAAAAUGACAUACCCAAAUCUAACUGCCUGUAGCUCAGGACCUAUAAUAAUAAUAAUAAUAAUAAUAAUAUGCCAUUUAGCAGACGCUUUUAUCCAAAGCGACUUACAGUCAUGCGUGCAUACAUUUUUGUGUAUGGGGUGGUCCCGGGGAUCGAACCCACUACCUUGGCGUUACAAGCGCCGUGCUCUACCAGCUGAGCUACAGAGGACCUGAAGCAAGGAUAUGUAUAUUCUUGAUACCAUUUGAAAGGAAACACUUUGAAGUGGAAAUGUUAAAUUAAUGUUAAUAUAACACAUUAUAUCUAGUAAAAGAUAAUACAAACCAAAAAUGUUUUUGGGCCCAUCAUCUUUGAAAUACAAGAGAAAGGCCACAAUAUAAUCCGUGGUCCUCUGUAGCUCAGCUGGUAGAGCACGGCGCUUGUAACGCCAGGGUAGUGGGUUUGAUCCCCGGGACCACCCAUACGUACAAUUGUAUGCACGCAUGACUGUAAGUCGCUUUGGAUAAAAGUGUCUGCUAAAUGGCAUAUUAUUAUUGUAUUAUUAUAAUAUUGCAGUUUAGGUGCAAUUUAGAAUAUGGCCACUUGAUGGCAGCAGGGCGUGUGCAAAGUUUCAGAUUGAUCCAGUGAAGCAUUGCAAUACUGGACUAUUUUGUAUCAAGUCUGCCCAAAUGUGCCAAAUUGGUCAAUUGAUACAUUUGCAAGUACAUAACUAUAGAGAACAUACAAAAAAUGAUAUGGUAAUACAAAAUGUAAGUUUACACACUCCCGGGAAUGUCAUACAUUUACAUUUUUACAUUUUAGUCAUUUAGCAGACGCUCUUAUCCAGAGCAACUUACAGUUAGUGAGUGCAUACUUUUUUCAUACUGGCCCCCCGUGGGAAUCGAACCCACAACCCUGGCGUUGCAAGUGCCAUGCUCUACCAACUGAGCUACAGGAGGGUGGAUCAUGAUACAUGGUGGAUCAUUAGCUUAUACACUAACUUUCAUAGAUCUAGCUGGCCGGGCGGGGUGGGUGUGGAGCCAGAGACAGCAGUGGUUCAAACUGUAGAACCCAGUUCCUACAUUUGAAUAUAAAAAUGGAUUUUAUCAAACAAAACUAUGCUACAUUUUAUCUCUGGGACCCUUAGGAUGACAAAUCAGAGCAAGAUUACUGAAUGUAAGUACAUUAUUUACCUUCAGAGAUGAAUGUAUCAAACCAGUUUUUUGUUGUUGUGCACUCUCCUCAAACAAUAGCAUGGUAUUCUUUCACUGUAAUAGCUACUGUAAAUUGGACAGUGCAGUUAGAUUAACAAGAAUGUAAGCUUUCUGCCCAUAUAAGACAUGUCUAUGUCCUGGAAAGUUUGCUGUUACUUACAACAGUCAUGCUAAUCACAUAAGCGCACGUUAGCUCAACCAUCCCGUAUACGGGACACCGAUCCCGUAAAGGUUAAGUAAAGGAAAGAUGGAGUGAUGAAUUUUUUAAGUAUUCAAAUAGGGCCACCAAAAAGAUGACAGCAAAGAUUCAAUAACGUUACUUUCACCGAUUAAAUCAUGUUGGAUCAAUGAUUACACAAGGAAAGGAGGAAAUUAAGAAUGAAGGAAUUCAAACAGGUUCUUCAUCUAUCAGUGAAACCCUGAUUAUGUCCAUCUGUCUAGACCGGAACGUUCCGUAUGGUGUCGGAGGAGGAGCAGGCCAUGAGGUCCAAGCUGGAGCAUCUGACUGUGAAGGACCACGGGCCUGUGUUUGGACCCUGUCCCAAACUGCCUGUACACACAAUACAGAAGGUAAUACCUAUAACACCUUAAAAAUCCUAUUGUUGUUUAUGACAUUUUCAAUCCCAAUAAAAUAUGUAUUAUAAAAAAUUACGUAUUGCCUGCACAUACACUCAGUGGCCAGUUUAUUAUGUACACCCAUCUAGUACCAGGUCGAACCCGCUUUGCCUCCAGAACAGCCUGAAUUCUUCGGGGCAUGGACACGUUGCUCAAUUGGUAUCAAGGGAUCUAACGUGUGCCAGGAAAACAUUCCCCACACCAUUACACCACCGGCACCAGCCUGUACCAUUGACACCAGGCAGGAUGGGGCCAUGAACUCAUGCUGCUUACGCCAAAUCCUGACUCUGUCAUCAGCAUGACGCUACAGGAACCAGGAUUUGUCGGACCAGGCAAUGUUUUUCCACUCCUCAAUUAUCCAGUGUUGGUGAUCGCAUGCCCACUAGAGCCGCUUCUUCUUGUAUUUAGCUGAAAGGAGUGGAAGCCGGUGUGGUCGCCUGCUGCAAUAGCCCAUCCGUGACAAGGACCAAUGAAUUGUGCGUUCCGAGAUGCCAUUGUGCGCACCACCAUUAUUUGCUUGUUUGUGACCCGCCUCUUAGCUUGCAUGAUUCUUGCCAUUCUCCUUCGACCUCUCUCAUCAACGAGCUGUUUUCACCCACAGGACUGCCGCUGACUGGAUGUUUUUUGUUUGUCGCACCAUUCUCGGUAAACCCUAGACACUGUCGUACGUGAAAAGCCCAGGAGGCUGGCCAUUUCUGAGAUACUGGAACCAGCUUGCCUGGCACCGACAAUUAUACCACGCUCAAAGUCGCUUAGGUCACUAAUUUUGCCAAUUCUAACAUUCAAUCAAACAGUAACUGAAUGCCUCGAUGCCUGUCUGCCUGCUUUAUAUAGCAAUCCACGGCCACAUGACUCACAGUCUGUAGGAGUGAACCAUUUUCGUAAAUGGCGUGGUGUACCUAAUAAACUGGCCACUGAGUGUAUGUAAUCAAUGUUAGCAAUAUCAUUACCCGUGAUUGUGGUUUGUGACAGGUUAUGUCUCGCUAGGGCAGCAAUAUAGCAUUGUUGAAUGCCGAAACAAUUGCAGCUAAAAGUAUCCUCCCUCUGUCAGUAAGGACACUGUCAUCUUUGUUUUUGCCAAUUGAGGGUGUUUUCACACUUUCAGUCCAUUUCAGACAAUUUUUGUGAACUCAGCGCAGUUCGCUUAAUUUUUUUGUGCAGUGUGAAUGCUCCAAAGGAACUCAGAUCCCUCAAAAGAGCCCCCGAAGUGAAUCGAACUGAGACCAUCUCGAGAGGUGGUCUGAGUUCGGUUUGCUUGAAUUCCGCGGUCCGGUUCCCUUUUUUAGGGCAAUGUGAACACAAAGCUCUCCAGGUUCGCUUGUCAUUAUUCCUGCACAGUGGCGGCUCCUGAAAAAAUUCUCAGGAGGGGCAAUUUUUCUGAUGAUUUAGGUGACCUACACACAUUUAAAAAAAGAUAUGUCCAGCAACAACAUGAAGACAGGGGCAGCAUAUAAGUCAAUACCAGAAGCAUUUAUUGACUGAUCUCAAAAGUGUUGGCUUACCAGGGUUGGUGGAGCCCUCAGUUUCAUCUUUGCCUCGCAAAGCUAACUCAAACACUCCGCAAAACUUCACACACUGGAUUAGCCGGCUGAGGAUGUGGCGGUUCUUGCUAAUGUCGUAGUAAAUAUAUUUGUUAUAGUGAAUAUGGAAUAUGAUAUGUUGAGUAAAAUGUUGUGCUAAGAUCUAUUUAGGUCAGGAGCUGGUUAUAAGUUCUGUUCCUAUCCAAUAACAAUGGACAAAAGGGUCCUAUCUUGUCAGCCUUGUCAGCAGGUGGCCAAGGACAACACCCACGCCAUAGGCCUCUCAGUUCUUCCAACUCACGAGUUCUUGCUCUGAGGACACACACACACACACAAACACACACACACACACAUCAUCACUGUUAAACACACACACACACACACACACAUCAUCACUGUUAAACACACACACACACACACACACACAAAAAUCCCCUCUCUUAGGCUGAACAUUUGAAGACAGAGAACCCGACUCAGAGCCAAUGCAACAGUGACAGUAGCCUGCAGGGGACCUCGCCCAACUCAUCAGGACCAAUCAGAAGAUCAGAACUACUAGAUUGAACCUACUUCAUUUAUUGCAUAAAAUGUCUGCACACAAUGUUUCGGGGCUCUCUUCAGAUAAUAAUAAUAAUAAUAAUAAUAAUAAUAAUAAUAUGCCAUUUAGCAGACGCUUUUAUCCAAAGCGACUUACAGUCAUGCGUGCAUACAUUUUUGUGUAUGGGUGGUCCCGGGGAUCGAACCCACUACCUUGGCGUUACAAGCACCAUGCUCUACCAGCUGAGCUACAGAAAGUGGAUACUCAUGGAUGCGCAUUGCAAUUGUAAAAUGUCAACACAAUUGGAGACACCACGUCAUUUUUGGAGACAUGUUAUUGACAGUAAACUAUUGUAGAUGCGACUGCUAACUAACUAAAACAUUUUAGCUGGCUAGCUAAUCAUCUUAGCUAAAUGUGGGGCAAACAAUUAAGUUAUUUACCGUUAAUUUGAGGGAUUGGGGUGAAAGAAAUCGAGUUACAUAGUGAUACUUUACGAUAUACUGUAUUGACAAUAUCGCAAUAUUUUAGCGCUAGUUGGCUGUACCUGCACCAAAACACCAUUAUUGUUCCUUCAUAGCUUGUUCUCAAUCUUUUCACAUUGGGAGCCAAUUUGUUUUCAGCACUUUUAUUUCCAUGACUGAUCAAAACUCGUUCUCAUGGCUUUCUGAUCCCUCUGCAACAGACAUAUGGUGCGCAAUAAAAUCACAGUAUCGAAUCGCAAUACGUAUAGAAUCAUGAGACUCGCAAUGCUGAUGCAUAUAUCUUAUCGUGAGGUUCCUGGCAAUUCCCAGCCCAAGUUCAUUUUUAAGAGUUUGACGAACGGGUCCGUGAACGCGAUUCCAGAUAUAUUUACCUCUGAAUAAACUGCCUUUAUUACACCAUAUCCACAUCCAGUAAACUUGUGAUUAUCAACACUAACCUCAUCGUUGUGGCGGCGGACAGCUAGCCUGUAUCCCUCGUCAUCCAGUUGAGUGAGUGGCAAUGUCUUUUUUCGUUCGUACCAAUUUUUGGAAAAUCCUCGGGUGUAGGACUUUCCGCAUUUAGUAGAAACCUGUUGAAUUAUUAAAUUUGGUCUGGGAGGUCCUAAUUGUUUCGUUGCCAAUUUAUCUUCAUUUGUUCGCCGACAAAAAGGAACUUUUCUUUCAAACAAUCCACUCUUUUCUCAGUUACGUUCAUGGUUACGUAACGUAUGACGAAAGCGCGUAAGUGCAAGCCCACAGACACCCAUUGAGAUUGUAUUGAAGGCUCUGAAAUUUGAAAAAAAUAGAUUUUACAUGGGAGUCUAUGACAGAAGUUCUGGGCGAUUUUCAAUCUGACUGAAAUCGCCCCAAAAGGGGGUGGAGCCAUUUGAAGCACGACUUUAGCCUGAUUCGACAUUUAGUGGCAGUGUGGCACUGUGGCAGAUCAGACGUAUAGAUUACAACACUGAUAACUACUGUUGCCGUGAUAUAAUUGAUUAGAAAAAAAAUCCCUUCCUUUUCCCGUUUGGCAGUGCGUCGCCCAUAUCGCCCUAUUGAACAGGCCGUCCCUGUUCCUGCACCACACAUUAGGCUACUGCAACACAGUUUCCCCUGCCAUAAGGCGGCAGGUAGCUUAGUGGUUAAGAGCGUUGUGCCAGUAACCGAAAGGUUGCUGGUUCUAAUCCCCGAGCCGACUAGGUGAAAAAUCUGUCGAUGUGCCCUUGAGCAAGGCACUUAACCCUAAUUGCUCCUGUAAGUCGCUCUGGAUAAGAGCGUCUACUAAAAUGUAAUGUAAAUGUAAUAACCCCUCACAUUGGUGCCACAAAAGAGAGAAGAUGAUGAUGAGCAGGUUCACAGAAAAAAAAUGCUGUUUUUGAAUAUUAAUUAGUGAUUGUCAAGGAUGCACAGAAAUACAAAAAUAUCUGUGGAGUUUUGUACCGACACGAUGUUCAGAUUAUUUGUUUGCAAUAUGUGAUCUACAGGCUAAGAGAGCUUCAUGAACAGUUUAUUUGAUUGUGGGCUUUGAAUAGUGUGAGAAGACAACAAAAUAUUUCAGAUUUUAAUUUGGAUUUCAUGUAAUGGACAUACACAAAAUAGUCCAAAUUGGUGAAGUGAAAUGAAAAAAAUAACUUGUUUCAAAUUAUUCUAAAAAACUAAUACCGGAAAAGUGGUGCGUGCAUAUGUAUUCACCCCCUUUGCUAUGAAGCCCCUAAAUAAGAUCUGGUGCAACCAAUUACCUUCAGAAGUCACAUAAUUAGUUACAUAAAGUCCACCUGUGUGCAAUCUAAGUGUCACAUGAUCUCAGUAUAUAUACAGUGGGGAAAAAAAGUAUUUAGUCAGCCACCAAUUGUGCAAGUUCUCCCACUUAAAAAGAUGAGAGAGGCCUGUAAUUUUCAUCAUAGGUACACGUCAACUAUGACAGACAAAAUCAGGAAAAAAAAUCCAGAAAAUCACAUUGUAGGAUUUUUUAUGAAUUUAUUUGCAUAUUAUGGUGGAAAAUAAGUAUUUGGUCAAUAACAAACGUUUCUCAAUACUUUGUUAUAUACCCUUUGUUGGCAAUGACACAGGUCAAACGUUUUCUGUAAGUCUUCACAAGGUUUUCACACACUGUUGCUGGUAUUUUGGCCCAUUCCUCCAUGCAGAUCUCCUCUAGAGCAGUGAUGUUUUGGGGCUGUCGCUGGGCAACACGGACUUUCAACUCCCUCCAAAGAUUUUCUAUGGGGUUGAGAUCUGGAGACUGACUAGGCCACUCCAGGACCUUGAAAUGCUUCUUACGAAGCCACUCCUUCGUUGCCCGGGCGGUGUGUUUGGGAUCAUUGUCAUGCUGAACGACCCAGCCACGUUUAAUCUUCAAUGCCCUUGCUGAUGGAAGGAGGUUUUCACUCAAAAUCUCACGAUACAUGGCCCCAUUCAUUCUUUCCUUUACACGGAUCAGUCGUCUUGGUCCCUUUGCAGAAAAACAGCCCCAAAGCAUGAUGUUUCCACCCCGAUGCUUCACAGUAGGUAUGGUGUUCUUUGGAUGCAACUCAGCAUUCUAUGUCCUCCAAACACGACGAGUUGAGUUUUUACCAAAAAGUUAUAUUUUGGUUUCAUCUGACCAUAUGACAUUCUCCCAAUCCUCUUCUGGAUGUACUCUAGCAAACUUCAGACGGGCCUGGACAUGUACUGGCUUAAGCAGGGGGACACGUCUCGCAUUGCAGGAUUUGAGUCCCUGGCGGCGUAGUGUGUUACUGAUGGUAGGCUUUGUUACUUUGGUCCCAGCUCUCUGCAGGUCAUUCACUAGGUCCCCCCGUGUGGUUCUGGGAUUUUUGCUCACCGUUCUUGUGAUCAUUUUGACCCCACGGGGUGAGAUUUUGCGUGGAGCCCCAGAUCGAGGGAGAUUAUCAGUGGUCUUGUAUGUCUUCCAUUUCCUAAUAUUUGCUCCCACAGUUGAUUUCUUCAAACCAAGCUGCUUACCUAUUGCAGAUUCUGUCUUCCCAGCCUGGUGCAGGUCUACAAUUUUGUUCCUGGUGUCCUUUGACAGCUCUUUGGUCUUGGCCAUAGUGGAGUUUGGAGUGUGACUGUUUGAGGUUGUGGACAGGUGUCUUUUAUACUGAUAACAAGUUCAAACAGGUGCCAUUAAUAUAGGUAACGACUGGAGGACAGAGGAGCCUCUUAAAGAAGAAGUUACAGGUCUGUGAGAGCCAGAAAUCUUGCUUGUUUGUAGGUGACCAAAUACUUAUUUUCCACCAUAAUUUGCUAAUCAAUUCAUAAAAAAUCCUACAAUGUGAUCUUCUGGAUUUUUUUUUCUCAUUUUGUCUGUCAUAGUUGACGUGUACCUAUGAUGACAAUUACAGGCCUCUCUCAUCUUUUUAAGUGGGAGAACUUGCACAAUUGGUGGCUGACUAAAUACUUUUUUCCCCCACUGUACACCUGUUCUGAAAGGCCCCAGAGUCUGCAACACCACUAAGCAAGGGGCACCACCAAGCAAGUGGCACCAUGAAGACCAAGGAGCAAACAGGUCAGGGACAAAGCUGUGGAGAAGUACAGAUCAGGGUUGGGUUAUAAAAAAAUAUCCGAAACAUUGAACAUCCCACGGAGCACCAUUAAAUUCAUUAUUAAAAAUUGGAAAGAAUAUGGCACCACAACAAACCUGCCAAGAGAGGGCCGCCCACCAAAACUCAUGGACCAGGCAAGGAGGGCAUUAAUCAGAGAGGCAACAAAGAGACCAAAGAUAACCCUGAAGGAGCUGCAAAGCCCCACAGCGGAGAUUGGAGUAUCUGUCUAUAGGACCACUUUAAGCUGUACACGCCACAGAGCUGGGCUUUACGGAAGAGUGGCCAGAAAAAAGCCAUUGCUUAAAUAAAAAAAUAAGCUAACACGUUUGGUGUUCACCAAAAGCCAUGUGGGAGACUCCCCAAACAUAUGGAAGAAGGUACUCUGGUCAGAUGAGACUAAAAUUGAGCUUUUUGGCCAUCAAGGAAAAUGUCUGGCACAAACCCAACACCUCUCAACACCCAGAGAACACCAUCCGAUGUUUUCCAUCGGCAGGGACUGGGAGACUGGUCAGAAUUGAAGGAAUGAUGGAUGGCGCUAAAUACAGGGAAAUUCUUGAGGGAAAGCUGUUUCAGUCUUCCAGAGAUUUGAGACUGGGAUGGAGGUUCACCUUCCAGCAGGACAAUGACCCUAAGCAUACUGCUAAAGCAACACUCGAGUGGUUUAAGGGGAAACAUUUAAAUGUCUUGGAAUGGCCUAGUCAAAGCCCAGACCUCAAUCCAAUUGAGAAUCUGUGGUAUGACUUAAAGAUUGCUGUACACCAGCAGAACCCAUCCAACUUGAAGGAGCUGGAGCAGUUUUGCCUUGAAGAAUGGGCAAAAAUCCCAGUGGCUAGAUGUGCCAAGCUUAUAGAGACAUGCAGUUGAAGUCGGAAGUUUACAUACACCUUAGCCAAAUACAUUUAAACUCAGUUUUUCACAAUUCCUGACAUUUAAUCCUAGUAAAAAAUCCCUGUUAGGAUCACCACUUUAUUUUAAGAAUGAGAAAUGUCAGAAUAAUAGUAGAGAGAAUGAUUUAUUUAAGCUUUUAUUUCUUUCAUCACAUUCCCAGUGGGUCAGAAGUUAACAUACACUCAAUUAGUAUUUGGUAGCAUUGCCUUUAAAUUGUUUAACAUGGGUCAAACGUUUCGUGUAGACUUCCACAAGCUUCCCACAAUAAGUUGGGUGAAUUUUGGCCCAUUCCUCCUGACAGAGCUGGUGUAACUGAAUCAGGUUUGUAGGCCUCCUUGCUCGCACAUGCUUUUUCAGUUCUGCCCACAGAUUUUCUAUAGGAUUGAGGUCAGGGCUUUGUGAUGGCCACUCCAAUACCUUGACUUUGUUGUCCUUAAGCCAUUUUGCCACAACUUUGGAAGUAUGCUUGGGGUCAUUGUCCAUUUGGAAGACCCAUUUGAGACCAAGCUUUAACUUACUGACUGAUGUCUUGAGAUGUUGCUUCAAUAUAUCAACAUAAUUUUCCUUCGUCAUGAUGCCAUUUAUUUUGGGAAGUGCACCAGUCCUUCCUGCAUCAAAGCACCCCCACGGCAUGAUGCUGCCACCCCCGUGCUUCACGGUUGGGAUGGUGUUCUUCGGCUUGCAAGGAUCCCUCUUUUUCCUCCAAUCAUAAAGAUGGUUAUUAUUAUUUCAUCAGACCAGAGGACAUUUCUCCAAAAAGUGAGAUUUUUGUCCCUGUGUGCAGUUGCAAAACGUAGUCUGUCUUUUUUAUGGCGGUUUUGGAGCAGUAGGUUCUUCCUUGCUGAGCGGCCUUUCAGGUUAUGUAGAUAUAGGACUCGUUUUACUGUGUAUAUAGAUACUUUUGCACGUUUUUCCUCCAGCAUCUUCACAAGGUCCUUUGCUGUUGUUCUGGGAUUGAUUUGCACUUUUCGCACCAAAGUACCUUCAUCUCUAAGAGACAGAACGCGUCUCCUUCCUGAGUGGUAUGACGGCUGCGUGGUCCCAUGGUGUUAUACUUGCUUACUAUUGUUUGUACUGAUGAACGUGGUACCUUCAGGCAUUUGGAAAUUGCUCCUAAGGAUGAACCAGAUUUGUGGAGGUCUACAAUUUUUUUUCUGAGGUCUUGGCUGAUUUCUGUUGAUUUUCCCAUGAUGUUAAGCAAAGCGGCACUGAGUUUGAAGGUAGGCCUUGAAAUACAUCCACAGGUGCACCUCCAAUUGCCUCAAAUGAUGUCAAUUAGCCUAUCAGAAGUUUCUAAAGUCAUGACAUCAUUUUCUGGAAUUUUCCAAGCUGUUUAAUGGCACAGUCAUCUUAGUGUAUGUAAACUUCUGACCCACUGGAAUUGUGAUACAGUGAAUUAUAAACAAUUGUUGGAAAACUUACUUGUGUCAUGGACAAAGUAGAUGUCCUAACCGACUUGCCAAAACUAUAGUUUGUUAACAAGAAAUUUGUGGAGUGGUUGAAAAACUAGUUUUAAUGACUCCAACCUAAGUGUAUGUAAUAUUCCAACUUCAACUGUACCCCAAGAGACGUGCAGCUGUAAUUGCUGCAAAAGGUGGCUCUACAAAGUAUUGACUUUGGCGGUGAAUAGUUAUGUAUGCUCAAGCUUUCUGUUUUUUUGUCUUAUUUCUUGUUUGUUUCACAAAAAAUGCAUCUUCAAAGUGGUAGGCAUGUUGUAUAAAUCAAAUGAUACAAACCCCAAAAAAAUCAAUUUUAAUUCCAGGUUGUAAGGCAACAAAAUAGGAAAAAUGCCAAGGGGUGUGAAUACUUUAGCUAUUAGCUUCCAAAAUGUAAGUAGGUAUAUUUAGCUGUCCCUUUGUAAAAACCCAGAGUGCAUUGAGUGAAUGUUGGAAAAUGAUCUUGGUUCCUUUCUAAACAUAGCAAUGUGAAUGCAAAGAGGACUCAGACCACAAAAUAGGUGAACUGAACUGGCAAAAGAGUUGAGUCCUCAUUCAAAGAAGAGGGCAGUGUGAAUACAAAGAGAACUGAGUUAUUUUGCUAUUUAUUUUACCCCAGACUGAGAUUGGUUCUUUUAAAGAGUACUAUAUGUGAAAACACCCUGAGUUACAGCAAGAGUUGCACCUGUUCCUUCCAAAUGAGAUUCACUCGUGUCUCUUCCAGGCGAAGGAUGAACUCAACGAGACGGAAGAAAGGAGAGUGUCGUCUCUGAAGGAGCUUAGGGCCAUGAUGAAAGAAAAGGCGGGAGAGGGGGAUGACCUGGCUAAGACGGUGCAGGAGCGCUUCGGGGACAAACCAGACUCCCUGCUGCUGCGCUUCAUCAGAGCCCGCAAGUUUGACGUGGCCAGAGCCCACGAGCUCCUGAAGGGUGAGUGGGAAAGGCUAUAGUAAGAGUAGGUUUGCAAAAAUUCCAGUAACAUUCCCAAAAUUUUCCAUUAAUCCUGGUUGGAGGAUAUUCUGCUGAUUUCUUCCUGAUUCUGGAAUCUUCCAAUCACGAUUUCUGGAAAAACUGCGUAAGAGGUAGAGGGGGUGCCUACUCUGUGUACACUCUUAGAAAUAAAGGGUUCCAAAAGGGUUCUUCGGCUGUCACCAUAGGAGAACCCUUUUUGGUUCCACGUAGAACCCUUUUGGGUUUAAUGUAGAACCCUCUGUGGAAAGGGUCCUACCUGGAACCAAAAGGGUUCUACCUGGAACCAAAAAGGGUUCUUCAAAGGGUUCUCCUAUGGGGACAGCCGAAUAAUCCAUUUAGGUCCUAGAUAGCUCCUAUUUUUCUAAGGGAUGCAUGUUUUCUGCAUGAUGCUCCUUUUCUCAAUGGCCGGAAGGAUCAGACUAGUUCAAUCCAUCCAUCAGGAGUGAAUUGGCCAGUUGGGCUGGUCCAUUUUCAGCCCAGUGGGCCUGUCUGACUUGAUCAUUAUCUGGCUAAUAAUGGAGGCCUCAAGGACAAAUAUUGGCUGGUGUGGAGGCCUCAAAGGAAAAAAAAAUGCCAUCCAUCCAUCCACCCACCCACAAAUCUAUCCGUUAAUCUCUCCCUCCCACCAUCCAUCCACUCACCCACCAACCCAUCCAUCCAUUUAAUCAAGCUGGGGUAAAUGAUCAAUCAAUUAAUCAAAGAAUUGUAGAGAAGAAUAUUAGGGAGACAUCAUAUUCAUCAUAUGUAGUGUUGUUGUCAUCAUCUUCAUCCUGUCUGAAUUACCCUGAUGUGUAUUCAGAUGAAAUAGCAUCUCUCUGUCCCACACUGCAUAUUGUACCUCUGGUCUCCCAUGCUUUCUCUGCCAUAAACAUUGUGUAAUAGAUUGAGUAAUUUAGUGCCAAAUCUCUUUUGUGCUCUGUUUUGAGUCACUGAAGCCUGCUCAUCACUAAGACAGAGAGAAUACUGUUCAUUCAUUGUGGACUUAGUUGUUUUCAAAGUCCCCUGGACAAAGGAGCUCUUUUAUACACAAAUAGGGCAGAAAGUCUGUUAAGCCUAUACGCCUGCAGUGUUCUGCUGGGAACAGAGACAGAGACGGGCUGUGCUUUCAUCCCUCCUCUUCCUCUCUUUCACACACCCACACACAACCAUAUACAUGCACACACACACAUUCACACACAGACGUGUACACUUAUGUGCACACACACACACACACACACACACACACACACACACACACACACACACACACACACACACACACACACACACACACCUGGCUAUAAACAUGCUACGGAGACAUGCAAAUAAACACACAUCUCUUACAGCGGACUGCACUAAAGAGGUGAAAUGAGUUAGUUGUAACUUUUAUUGCAUUAUACUAUAAUUAUGUAACACACACAUGAUUUCCUUGUGGGUUCAAUGUGAGAGAGGAAUGCACUUGUUCUCUGGAGUUAAUUGGUGGUCCAGUAUAAAGGGAUAUGGUGAGGCACACACACACCGUGAGGAUAAUUGGUUCUGCAGUGUGAAGGGGCUAGGGCAGGAGAGGAGAGGCGGGGGAAACACUGGUGUUAUUGUCUUUGCUCACCAUGUGAAAGCACAGCAACAAAUGUUUACAAUUGCGAACUGUCCUAAAUAGUAGUGGUGGGGCUUAUGCUGCUUUUUGUUGAGAAAAAGACAUCAGCGAGGGGCCAACGCUGUAUACAGAGCCCACAGCACACUCGCCCUCUAUGCACUUUACACUCUUAGAUGUAAAGGUGCCUGGAAUAACCUUUUGGGUUGCCACACCUGCGGAACCUUUCUAGUUUAAAAAGGUUCCUUGAGGAACCCCUCUGAAAAGGGUAUUUGAGGAACCCCUGUGUAAAGGUUCAAACCGGAACCUUUUUGUGAUGGGAGGGGUUACAUUUUGAACCUUAAAAAAAUAUAUUGUAGAGGUGGCAGCCGUGGCUUACCGUUAAAUCAAAAUGCACUCCUUCAAUAUAAAGUUGUUUUUGACGAAAAUGAAAACGUGUCAGUUUGUCACUUUCACGAGGUUGGAGUAAUAAGAUGUUCAACUACUUAAGACAUUGGCUCGAAUCUAGGUUGUGCCAUUCGAUUUCGAGAAAAUUAACAACUAAGAAAUAAUUGUUCACUUCUUUCACUGACUUCUCAAACCCCAACCCCCAGCCUGGUCUGUUUGGUCUGUUUCGCAAGCGUUCCCAGAAGUCUAGCGAUGUUGCGUCUCUGGGUUUAGAAACUGUGAUUAUACAGUUCAUGCGAAAAUAUUCGGAUCUGGUAAAAGGCCGACAUUGGUAAAAAAAAUACAAUUUGUAUAGAAAUGGAGGCACAAAGUACCAAUAGCCUAUGAUUAAAGGGACUGCAUGGGAAUGUAUUAUUAGGCUCUCACCAUCAAGUCACAAAAUUAUCAGCUUUCUUAUUAGCCUCUUUCUAUCGCAAUUUAUACGUGGUGGAGAGUAACAAUUCCAGACAGAAUAACCUACAGUUUGUUGGCAAACUCCAAGGUCCUAUGAUAAUAGCCUACGAGUUUCGUGCGCAACGACAUCCCUGUGUUUUCCGAGACAUUACAGUUUGACAGGUGCUGCUUGCAGUUAGAGCAAGAAAACAAGAACUGAUUUGAUGAAUUGAUACUUAUAAUCAAGUACUGUGCACAUAUUUCAUAUGAAUGGACUACAUUGAAAACGUUUUGGAAAUGGCAAGUUUACUAUCUCAUCCAUGAAUGCAUCUCAAGUGCAAGUGCGCUGUUCAGCAGCUCAUGUCAGCAGGAUGGGUGGCCUUUUCAUUAGGAGGGACGUCUACCGUGGAUGUAAAAUAAUGACUAUGAUAACACUUCCUCAAUUUAAAUAUUAUGUGGACACAUACAUUUCGCAGCCAAGCACAAGAUAUCAGUGUAGUCUUUUAUCAUCUUGUCACGCCCUGGCCUUGAGAGCCCGGUUGUCUUUAGUUGGUUUGGUCAGGGUGUGGAUUUCUAUGUGUAUAUCUAGUUUUGUAUAUCUAUGUUGGCCGGGUGUGGUUCCCAAUCAGAGGCAGCUGUCGAUCGUUGUCUCUGAUUGGGGAUCAUACUUAGGCAGCCUGGUUGCCUACCUUAGUUGUGGGAUCUUAUUUGUGUUCCUGUUAGGCUUGUUGUGUAUAGCCCAUAGGACUUCACGUUUUGUUAUUUUUGUCAAGUGUUUAUUCGUCUUAAUAAAUAUGUACGCAUACCACGUUGCACCUUGGUCUGACCCGUCUCUCAACGACCGUGACAGAAGAUCCCACCGUAAAAGGACCAAGCAGCGUGCCCAGAAGGAGCAAACGCCUGGGACUCAACAGGAGGUAACCUUGGUAGAUGUCCUCCUCGGUUGGGGGAAAAUUACUGAGGAGGAGGCCGUCCGUUACCGGGAGGCAAUGAAGGAGAGUGUAGCCGAUAAAGGACCCUGGGCAAAGGAAGAAGCCCGGGUAGGAGAGGAUCAACCGCGACAUCAACGGUGCCGGCCGAAGAGGAAGCCCGAGAGGCAGCCCCAAGAAAACUUAGGUGGGGCUAAAGGGGUGGUCGGGGAUCGAGAGAGAAGAGCCCCGACCAUUGCACCCAUGGGGGUUCCAGGUGGAUUCCCUACAACCAUGGGAGCAGGAUGGGAGCAGUUUUACACAGAGGAGUCGGAGGAAGACGACGACGAUGAAUUUCUGUUCCCUCACUCGUGGGGGCCCUCGGAGGAGUCCUCACUGGAGGGGAAUUGGCGGUGGAGAGAGAAGGACUGGAACAGUCGUGCCAGUGGUGCGUGUUCCCAGUCCGGCACGGCCUCUGCCUGCUCCUCACACCAAGCCGGUGGUGCGUGUUCCCAGUCCGGCACGGCCCGUGCCUGCUCCUCGCACCAAGCCAGUGGUGCGUGUUCCCAGUCCGGCACGGCCCGUGCCUGCUCCUCGCACCAAGCCAGUGGUGCGUGUUCCCAGUCCGGCACAGCCCGUGCCUGCUCCUCGCACCAAGCCAGUGGUGCGUGUUCCCAGUCCGGCACGGCCCGUGCCUGCUCCUCGCACCAAGCCAGUGGUGCGUGUUUUCCCAGUCCGGCACGGCCCGUUCCAGGACAGAAACACGCACCUAAAAUGGAGUCAGCAGGUACAGUCGGUCCGUCCGGAUCUUUGGAGGAACGUAUUCAAUGGCAGGUGAGCAGGAUCCAGGCUCUCGGCAGCGCAAUGGAGCGCAUGGUGAGUACAUUGGAGCGAUGUUUCUACACCUCCUCCAACCACACAACUCACCCGACCUCCAGUGACGGUCCCCUGCAGAGAGCACUGUAGCGUGUCGGUGCCCAGUCUGGGGCCGGCAACCAGCCCAACUACAGGGUUGGAAACCACCUCUGCGUCGGUGCCUAGGGUGGGCACGACGUACAGCCCCGUUUUGGAGCAGGAGCUCCUAAACGUGUCAGUGCCCAGUCUGGGACCGGCAACCAGUCCUACUACAGGGCUGGAAUUUUCCUCUGCGUCGGUGCCCAGACUGGGCACAGCGUUUAGUCCUGCUCCAGAGAUGGGGAUGGAUACAGGUCCAGUCAGCUGCUCCACUCCGGAGCCAGAGCAGUCCGCUCUACCGGUGCCAAGUCCAGCUCCGGUCAGCUGCUCCACUCCGGAGCCAGAGCAGUCCGCUCCACCGGUGCCCAGUCCAGCUCCGGUCAGCGGUUCCACUCCGGAGCCAGGGUCGUCCGCUCCACCGGGUUCCAGUUCAGCUCCGGUCAGCGGCUCCACUCCGGAGCCAGAGCAGUCCACUCCAUCGGUGCCCAGUCCAGCUCCGGUCAGUGGCUCCACUCCGGAGCCAGAGUAGUCCGCUCCACCGGUGCACAGUCCAGCUCCGGUCAGCGGCUCCACUCCAGAGCCAGAGCAGUCCACUCCACCGGUGCCAAGUCCAGCUCCGGUCAGCGGCUCCACUCCGGAGCCAGAGCAGUCCGCUCCACCGGGGUCCAGUUCAGCUCCGGUCAGCAGCUCCUCUCCAGGCCUAGACGUCAGCCCCUCUCCAGGGUCGGGGCCUCCCACACCAGGGUCCAGACAGGGCUUGGUGCAUCGCGGGAGGAUUGCCGAUCCAGGCCCAGACGUCAGCCCCUCUCCAGGUUCGGGGUCUCCCACACCAGGGUCAUCCAGACCAGGGGCGCAAUGGGGAGGCAGAGAGGGAGAGGUCGUCACGCCCGGAGCCAGAGCCGCCUCCGAGGCUGAAUGCCCACCCGGACCCUCCCCUAAUGAGUCAGGUUGGUGCGGCCGGAGUAUGCACCUUUGGGGGGGGGGGUACUGUCACGCCCUGGCCUUGAGAGCCCGGUUGGUUUGGUCAGGGUGUGAACUUCUAUGUGUAUAUCUAGUUUUGUAUGUCUAUGUUGGCCGGGUGUGGUUCCCAAUCAGAGGCAGUUGUCGAUCAUUGUCUCUGAUUGGGGAUCAUACUUAGGCAGCCUGGUUGCCUACCUUAGUUGUGGGAUCUUAUUUGUGUUCCUGUUAGGCUUGUUGUGUGUAUAGCCCAUAGGACUUCACGUUUUCUUUGUUUUGUUAUUUUUGUCAAGUGUUUAUUCGUCUUAAUAAACAUGUACGCAUACCACGCUGCACCUUGGUCUGACCCGUCUCUCAACGACCGUGACACAUCUAGACAUGAUGAUGAAAUAUCUUCAUGCCUAGAAUAAAAACCUCCAGGCUUCCAUCAUAAGAUUCAAUUAAAUGAAAUAAAAAUUAUUACAGGGGGCAGUUUGGAAAAACGAAUGCCGUUUCGAAACAUCCUUGCUUUCUUUAUUAAAUGUUACUAGACACUGCUUUAAAUCAAGCAGACAAUAGCAGACGACCAACAUCAAUUUAGGGAUAUUGACUAAUUGUCCCGCUGAUGGCCAAGCAGGUGUCAAUGGGGGCUCUAAAAGUAUUCAGAUGAUUGAUUAUAAUUAAUAUUUCAGAACAUUAAAAUCUAGCCUGCUGGUCAAUCAGCACACAGUUGUCUGGACACUUUCCUAUCUGUGCAGGUCAGUCACAUUCCGCCUUCUUAUCAUAUCGGAAAAAAUGCAACUGGUAUCCUAUUAAUAGCCUACAGGCAGACUUUACAUAUUGGUGCCAAUCACUAGUAGCCUAAUACUCCUCCAAUCGAUGGAGUCUGGAGAGAUUUGGUGUGCUGCUGACAAGUUCAAGGCAAUUCCUAUUCAACAUAUGCGGUUUGAGUCUACUUUUCAAGGAAAUAUUGUAGGCCUAGUUUUAUUAUUGAUAAUUAGAUUCUAGAGCAAAUUGAAAGAAAAUUAUUACAAAAUUAAAAUAACAUAUCUUUUGGUUUCUUUGUUUCUUCUAGGCUAUUGAAUAUGUGCACGUUUUUUCUUUAUUAAUAAAUAUGUUAGUAGGCUUAGUAGGCUAGUACAUUUUUCAAGUAAUCCGCCCAACCCUGUUUUAUUUUGUCUACAAGGAAGGCAACGGAAGAAGCCAUUGCAGCUCACUGAGUAAACCAAACAUUAGGAACACCUUCCUAAUAUUGAAUUGCACCCCCUUUUGCCCUCAGAACAGCCUCAAGUUGUCUAGAUGUCCUUUGGGUGGUGGACCAUUCUUGAUACACACGGGAAACUGUUGAGCGUGAAAAACCCAGCAGCAUUGCAGUUUUUGACACAAACCAGUGCACCUGGCACCUACUACUGUUCAAAAGCACUUCAAUCUUUUGUAGUGUCCAUUCACCAUCUGAAUGGCACACAUACACAAUCCAUGUCUCAAUUGUCUCAAGGCUUAAAAAGUAUUCUUUAACCUGUCUCCUCCCGUUCAUCUACACUGAUCUAAGUGGAUUUAACAAGUGACAUCAAUAAGGGAUGAUACCUUUCACCUGGAUUCACCUGGUCAGUCUAUGCCAUGGAAAGAGCAGGUGUUCUUAAUGUUUUGUAUACUCAGUGCAGUAUAGGCUCUUUUCAGACAGGUUUAAACAACCAACCGUGUGUGUGCGCGCGUGCUCGGCUGAAAGAGUCGCUUCUUCUGCAGCAUUCUCUGUAAAAUAUAACGCUUUGCGGUGGUGCUUCGGUGCUGCUUGGGGCAUAGGGGUGUCAGCCUUAUGAACUGUACUGACCUCAUGUGUUCUUCAAAAAGGACUUCAUUCAUCUGAAUUUGCAGGUGUUAGGAGUAGUUAAACCAUUGACCCCAUUUUGCUGGGGUUUUCAGUCAGGUUAAUGUAUUCAGUCAGGUUAAUGUAUGAACUCUUUAGGAUUGACCUCUCAUUGGUCGUAGCCUGAGUGCCAGUCUGUUUGUAUAUAAUGUAUGUAAACUUUGUUGCCUAAAUUCCUCUGUCUGUAUUCUGUCUCUAAAUGUUGUCUAUCACUAGCAGCACCAUAUCACCAAGUAAAAUUCUGAGUAUGUGUAAAUGUACUUCUGAUUCUGUUUAUUCUAUCAUGCUAACUCCAUGUCACUCAUUGUCAUGCCAAUGUUGGCUUCAAACUGACACCAAUGGAGUAGGCAAGAGCCCAAACAGAUCUGGGAACAGGCUACAUUGGUGGUGUUAGGGCAAUGUUAAUAUGUGCUCUUCAAGAGGAACCUCAUUGAUUUCAUAUCUGUGGCUGUUUCUGCACAGGUUAUGUGCGCUUUAGGAGGGACUACCCUGAGCUGUUUGAGAACCUAACCCCUGAGGCGGUCCGCAGCACCAUCGAGGCGGGCUACCCUGUGGUCCUGCCCAGCAGGGACAAGUACGGCCGUGUAGUGAUCCUCUUCAACAUCGAGAACUGGGACCUGGAGGAGGUCACCUUCGAUGAGGUAGAGUAUACAAACUACGGCUGCAAAAUUCCAGAUUUUUUUUGUAGUUUUUUUAUUUAUUUUAGAAAUCCCGAUUGGAGGGAAUCCUCCAACUGGGAUUUCUGAAAAUCCUGGUAACUUUGGGAAAGUUUCCAAAAUGUUGUAAUCCUCAUCCAAACCCACAGAGCAGACUGGUUCUGUAUUAUCUGUUCUGUGUAGCCAAUUUUGUCCUCAUGUCCACAGCACCAGAGGCGAGCUACCCAGGGGCUAUACAAACAGACUGGCACUCAGACUACCACCAAUGAGGCCAAUCCUAAAGAGUUCAUAUUUUGGGCCUGACAAUUUAAAAAAACAGAGAGGUGUUAUAGAAGAUCUGGACUACCAGGAAAAGCUUACCUCACAAACUGAAAGCCAAAAGCACUUAGCUACUUCAUUUGCCACACUGCAGUUUCUCUUUGAACAAACAUUCAAACCUUAUGAAUCUCUCUCCUUUCUCCCUCUUCCUCCUCUCUCUCUCCCACUCUGUAAUAGACCCUGCGAGCAUACUGUGUGAUCCUGGAGAAGUUGUUGGAGAAUGAGGAGACCCAGAUCAAUGGUUUUGUCCUGAUAGAGAACUUUAAGGGUUUCACCAUGCAGCACGCCUCUGGCAUCAAACCCACUGAGCUCAAGAAGAUGGUGGACAUGAUGCAGGUCAGAGCAGCAACACACACAAAUCAAUACACAAUAUCAGACUUAAAGGCGGCACCCUCACACAGAAAAGAGUUAUACCCAUAGAUUGUUAGUUCUGGAUGCAGUUCCGUAAGGCACAAUGUAGCAAGACAUUUUGCUACGAAAAAAGAAAAUGGGCGUUCUUAAUGGGUAAGUUCAAGUGGUAACACUUUACGUGAAACCCAGCGUCAUAACACGUUAUGACACGGUCAUAACCAUGUCAUAAUAUGUCAUAACAGCAGACGUUACUUGUCAUAACCUGUUAUAAUAUGGUAAUAACACUGUCAUGACACAUAUUUAGACCUGUUGUGACAUAUAUUGCCUUAUUUUAUGGCUGGUUAUGACACCUACAUAAGAGUGUAAAAACCUACCACACAAGGCAAAACUUUCCAUUACACCAUAGCCUAUGUGUCAACAGUAUGUUUAUGUUAUAUAUAUUAUUUCUUUGCCAUAUUAAAUUAUCAUUGUAAUUGCGCACACAUUGAUGUCAGACAUGAACCUAACCCAAUGCUCUGUUGCUGGUGACUGGGAUGAAUGCAGGAGCAGAGUUCAGGAGCAGGACAAGACACCCUCUUUUUGACUGAUGACUGAUUUAAGGUCAUGUACAUGAUAGGCCUAUCUGGCUUAUAUGAUAUGAUGGUCAUAAUGCUUCUUGACAGUGUCAUAAAGUGCAUUUCUUAGUCCAAGUAAAGUGACACAGGAUGGUCAUAAUGCUUCUUGACAGUGUCAUAAAGUGUAUUUUCUUAGUCCAAGUAAAGUGACACAGGAUGAUCAUAUAAUGCCUCAUGACAGUGUCAUAAAGUGUAUUUUCUACAAGUUAUUUAAAAUAUGAUUAAAAAAACAUUACUGUAAAUAAUUCAUUACAACAACAAAGGAUUUAAGAAACAAACUUUUAAACGAAAGGAAACUUCUUGGCAGGGAAAAAUCUAAUUUGAAUAAAUGUGGGUUUUGACACUCUUAUGUAGGUGUCAUAACCAGCCAUAAAAUAACGCAAUAUAUGUCACAACAUGUGUAAAUAUAUGGGUCUUGACAGUGUUAUGACCAUAUUAUGACAGGUUAUGACAAGUUAUGUCAGCUGUUAGGACAUAUUAUGACAUGGUUAUGACACUGGGUGUCAAGUAAAGUGUUACAGUUCAAGUAGUGCCUAUCUGUUUCAGUACAUUAAAACAAUUAUAAUAAUGAAUGCCUUCUGAACAAGGCAAAGCCCUAAUCAGACCAGUGGUUAUCACGACCAUUCGUCCAUUCUAACAUGACCGUCUAGGAACUACUCAGAUCUAAUCAGACCAGCCAGUCCAAACAAAACAGAAAAAUCAAUGUACAGUAUGUGAUCAGUCCAGCUGUCCCACUCCCCACUAACAGAAAACGAAGACCAGUCAAUGUGAUUACUGAUACUAUUUGUAUUAUGUGGUUCAGCAUUCUUUUCGGAAUGUCUCUCUGGAUGUGCUAAAUGUGCUUAUUGCCUAAGUGAGUCUGACCCAGCCUGUGUUGGUCUCUAUGUUGUAUGCACUGCAGGACUCAUUCCCGGCCCGUUUCAAGGCAAUCCACGUGACCCACCAGCCCUGGUACUUCACCACCACUUACAACGUGGUCAAACCAUUCAUGAAGAGCAAGCUGCUGGAGAGGGUAAGAAGGAGGAGGAAGAGGUGGGGGAGUUGGAGGGUAUGAAUAGAGGUGCAAGGGGAUGGUGGCAGAGGGUGAGCGGGAGGAAAAGGAGAAUGGCAGAAGGGAUGGGGUAUGUUAAAGGAGGGAGAAGGGCAGCAGGAGAUGCAAAUAGCCUGUGUGCCAGUCUGAUUUAAACAUUUUAGCAGACGCUCUUAUCCAGAGUGACUUACAGGAGUAAUUAGGGUUGUGCCUUGCUCAAGGGCACAUCGACAGAUUUUUCACCUAGCUGGCUCGGGGAUUCGAACCAGCAACCUUUUGGUUACUGGCCCAAUGGUCUUAAUCGCUAGGCUACAUGGCGCUAAGCUACCUGUUUCUCCUUCAGGCUCCUCCAUUGUCUUGUUUGGCAAGGUUUGUGCACUCUAGCUUAGCUUCCAACAAGAUCUCAGCAUUAGGGAACAUAAUCAAUGUAUUUGGCGUAAUAGUUUUUCUGUAGUUCCAUACAGAUACCAGAUAUUUAUUUAUUUAUUUGACAUUUUGCAGGAUGCAGGUGUACAAAUAUAUAUUUUUUUAAAUACUUCGAAACAAAAAUAAUAUGGCAACUACUUUCUAAUAAUAAUAACAACAAUUAAAUAAUAAUAAACAAAUAAACAGUAAUAGUUUUUCCCUCAUUAAAAUGCAAAUCAAUUUCUAACAUUUUUGACAUGCGUUUUUCUGGAUAUUUUUGUUGUUAUUCUGUCUCUCACUGUUCAAAUUAACCUACCAUUAAAAUUAUAGACUGAUCAUGUCUUUGUCAGUGGGCAAACGUACAAAAUUGUACAAAAUCAGCAGGGGAUCAAAUACUUUUUUCCCUCACUGUAGAUGUUCUGUGUGAGCUAGGUUGAUUGCUUUUUUAUGAAGAGUGGCUGGAAGAACAAGCCGUGUUCCUCUCAGAAUGAUGUUUGCUUAUGCAUUGAUUGUUAGUUCAUGUCUCAUGCGAAAGAGUGCUUUUAAUGUUUGCAAAUCAGUAUCUUCUGUGUCACGUGCUGAAUCUUGCCAGGUUCCUGUGGACAAUAGGCACCUUCUGUAGAGCUGAGUUUUUCUUUGUUUCUUCUUACACCUCUUCUAGAGUCAUCGCUUUGAGAACUGUGUUGUCAAUGAUGAAGUUCAAAUAUUCUUCUGCCAUGCGAGAGGUUUUUUGUGGUGUUUCCCCUGCGAUGGGAUGUCUUGACAUGUAGUCGGCAGGGUUGUCUUUACCGGCUUUGUACUUCACAGUUUAGCUGUAGGGUCGUAGUCUCAGUCUCCAUCGCUCAAGUCGUGCUGGGGGUGUGGCUUUUGGGUUGUUGAAGAUAAGCUCUAGUGGUUUAUGGUCUGUGAUGAACGUGAAGUGAGCUUCUCUCUCGGUUUGUGAGUAGCGCUGUUCAACCUCUGAAAGCGCUCGGCUGGCAUAUGUGAUAAUAUGGGCAUCUUUGUCACUUGUAGGGUUGUGCUGACUUAGUAUGGCACCUAAACCAACUUGGCUAACAGUGUUGACUUCUUUGCUGGGUUAAAGUAGGCUGUAGUCGUGUGCUGCAUCAGACGUGUUCUUAAUAGUUUUUUUAAUUGCAGACUGGUGCUGUGGUCCCCAUGACCAGGUGUGAUCUUUUCUUGUGAGCUCGCGAAGAGGCUGUGCAGUUGUUGCGAAGUCUGGGAUGAAUCGUGAGCAGUAUUGUAUCAUACUCAGUAGACUGCGAACUUCUGAGACAUUUUGAGGUGUUGGGAAUGCCUUGCAGCACUUGCUGUAUUGCAUUUUGAAACACCUCGGCAGCUGAAUUUAUGCCAAAGUUCAGUCUGGUGUAUCUCCAGAGGCCAGUAUGUGUAGUGAAGUUUGUGAUAUACCUUGAGUCUGGAUGUAACUCAAACUGGUGGUAUCCAGCAUUAAUAUCUAACUUGGAGAACACCACUGCUCCAUUCAGAUCAUGGAUGAGGUCAUCAACCGUUGGUGUGAUGUGUCGUUCACGUUGUAUUGCUGACAGACACAGACACAAACUUUAUCAGGCGUCUUGGGUUUUGGUGUGACCACUAUUGGGGAUACUCAUGGCGUUGGCCCACUGAUUUUUUCGAUGAUGUCUUGGCUUUGUAGUCUGUCAAGCUCCUGUUGAACUUUUUCUCUCAUGUGAAAAGGAAUCCUCCUGUGUGGUUGUACUGCUGGUUGCACUGUGUCAUCAAUGUGCAGCUUCAUUUGAAAGUCUUUGAGUUUUCCUAUGCCUUGGAAGAGGUCCUGGUGUUCGUUGGUGAGCUUGCUUAUGAAUGAACCAUCAGCUGGUUCACUUGGAGUGGACAGAGAGUUUAUUAUUUUCAGAAGUCCAAGUUCUGUUGCUGUCUGACAGCUAAGUAGUGAGCCAGAGUCACCUUUGAUUACAUAGAAAGUGGUAUCCACCAUGUUAGUCUUGGAGCGGACUGGUGCUGUGAAUUUUCAUAAUGGUAACUUGAAUGUGUGGUUGCGAUGGUUUCUGUAGUGUACACACAACAUACACAUAAUCAUCAUCAUCAGAGCUUGGGGAGGUGUCUUGUUUUUGUGUCUUUUUGUCAUCUUGUGACUGCACUUUAUGUUCACUACAUUACACUGACCUAGUGAGAUUUACAUGGCGGAGGCUCAAUCAAGCUAGUCGUCUUGAUUACUUUCUUAUGUCAUUCUCGAUAAAGUGUUGAUAGGGGACAGAAUGCGGUCAAAUAAUUGGCAUAUAUAUUACUCUUACAGAAUUUCCACGUGGACGAGGAUAUUGGAAAUGUAAUAAAGCCUAUUGGAUGCAUAGCGCAUAGAAUUAAAAAGGUAUUUUUUGGAUAUUAUUCAUCCUAAUCAGGCAGGUUUUUUAAAUGGACGAUACAUUGGAGAUAAUAUAAGACAAGUACUGGGAAACCAGGCCUGGUAUUCAUAGCUGACUUAGAAAAGGCUUUUGAUGAAGUACGACUGGAAUUUAUAUAUAAAUGCCUGGAUUAUUUCAAUUUUGAAGAAUUGCUUAUAAAAUGGGUUAAAGUUAUGUUAAGGAACCCUAGGUGUAAAAUAGUAAAUAAUGGCUACUUCUCAGAAAUUAUUAAACUGUCAAGAGGAGUAAAACAAGGUUGUCCACUGUCGGCAUUUCUAUUUAUUAUGGCCAUCGAAAUGUUAGCUAUUAAAAUCAGAUCCAACAGUAAUAUCAAGGGGUUAGAAAUCAAGGGCUUAAAAACAAAGGUGGCAUUGUACGCUGAUGAUUCAUACUUUCUUUUAAAUCCACAAUUUGGAUUCCUCCACAGCCUCAAAGAGGAUCUAGAUACUUUUUUAACCUCUCUGGAUUACAACCAAAUUAUUGGAUCAUAAACAUUACCGUGUAGUUUACCAAUAAAAUGGUCUGACGGUGAUGUGGACACACAUUUCUCGAAAGAAAUAAAUUAUCUUGUUAAAAUACAUUUUAAUGGAAAGUUAGCAAAAAUAGAUAAGAUUUUGCUACCAUGGAAAGGAAAAGACCUGUCUAUUUUUUGAAAAAUCACCCUGAUUAUCUCUUUAGUAUUAUCCCAGUUUACCUAUUUGCUUAUGGUCUUGCCUACUCCUAAACAGCCCUAUUUAUAUAAUUAAUAUGAAUUUGGAUGGCAGAAAUGAUUAAAUAUUAAAGCAUUAGACCUCUCACUAAAGGCGUCAGUCAUACAAAAGUUAUAUUUAAAUCCGAACUGGUUCUCUAGCAGAUUAGUAAGAAUGGUCUCACUCCAUGUACAAGAAUGUCAUUUUUCCCUUUAUUCAGAUUAUAACCUCUCACUUUUGGUUAUUUGAAAAUGAAAUAAUGUCCAAAAUAUCGCUAUUUUUAAAACAAGCCAUAAAAAGUUGGUUGCAAUUUCAGUUGAAUCCACCAGAAAAGACAGAACAAAUAAUACAACAAUUCUUGUGGUUAAACUCAAAUAUACUAAAUAAAAUAAUGAUUAAUUUUUUUAGUGAAGGUUGAAUCUUUGUAAAUUAUAUCAUAAAUAGGACUGGUGGAGUUAUGUCACACAUGCAGCCAACAAAAAUAUAUGGAAAUGUCUGCUCUACCCAAAAUUACAACCAUCUAAUUGCAGCAUUACCGCAAAAAUGAAAGAGGCAAGUGGAAGGGGGAAAAAGUAAGGAACUGUUCUGUUGGCCCUGCAUUAAAGGUCAAAAUUGGUUAAAGAAAAUUGUGAUAAAUAAAAAAGUAUAGCAGUUUCAUUUAAGGACCAAAAAAUUGACAGCUGUGCCAUAUAAUUUAAAUUGCAAAAUAGUUGAGAAGAGAAUUUUGAUGUAACGAUUCCAUGGCACAUGGUUUAUGAACUGAUAUGCAAAACAACACCGGAUUCAGAAUGUAUAAUUUUUCUAUUUAAAUUAUUAUACAAAAUUCUUGCAACCAAUAUAAUGGUAAAUAUAUGGGGGAUACAACCAUCCCACCUAAGCAGUUUUUGGGCGCAGGUCCAGGAAUGGUUGAAGAAGUGCAACAUUUACCUGGAGCUAAUUCUGCAGGUAUCACUACUGGGUGAUUUGAAAAGUCAUAGAAAAUCGAUCAAUAAAAUAAUAAUACUUUUAGCAAAAACAUUUAUCUUUAAUUUACAAUCUGUAGAAAAUAUGAGAAUAGAAAUGUUCAGAACAGUUAAAAAUAUAAAUCAAACUGUAUGGGCUUCAGGAUGGGGUUAAAAACAAACAAAAGAUAACUAUUGUAAAAUACAUUGUGUCCGUAAAAUGUAUAUAGUAUGUACAGUUGAAGUCGGAAGUUUACAUACACUUAGGUUGGAGUCAUUAAAACUCGUUUUUCAAACACUCCACAAAUUUCUUGUUAACAAACUAUAGUUUUGGCAAGUCGGUUAGGACAUCUACUUUGUGCAUGACACAAGUAAUUUUACCAACAAUUGUUUACAAACAGAUUAUUUCACUUAUAAAUUCACUGUAUCACAAUUCCAGUGGGUCAGAAGUUUACAUACACUAAGUUUAAACAGCUUGGAAAAUUCCCAAAAAUGAUGUCAUGGCUUUAGAAGCUUCUGAUAGGCUAAUUGACAUAAUUUGAGUCAAUUGGAGGUGUACCUGUGGAUGUAUUUCAAGGCCUACAUUCGAACUCAGUGCGUCUGUGCUUGACAUCAUGGGAAAAUCAAAAGAAAUCAGCCAAGACCUCAGAAAGAAAAUUGUAGACCUCCACAAGUCUGAGAUGAACGUACUUUGUUGCGAAAAGUGCAUAACAAUUCCAGAACAACAGCAAAGGACCUUGUGAAGAUGCUGGAGGAAACAGGUACAAAAGUAUCUAUAUCCACAGUAAAAAAGAGUCCUAUUUCGACAUAACCUGAAAGGCCGCUCAGCAAGGAAGAAGCCACUGCUCCAAAACAGCCAUAAAAGGCCAGACUACGGUUUGCAACUGCACAUGGGGACAAAGAUCGUACUUUUUGGAGAAAUGUCCUCUGGUCUGAUUAAACAAAAAUAUAACUGUUUGGCCAUAAUGACCAUCGUUAUGUUUGGAGGAAAAAGGGGGAUCCUUGCAAGCCGAAGAACACCAUCCCAACCGUGAAGCACGGGGGUGGCAGCAUCAUGUUGUGGGGGUGCUUUGAUGCAGGAGGGACUGGUGCACUUCACAAAAUAGAUGGCAUCAUGAGGAAGGAAAAUGAUGUGGAUAUAUUGAAACAACAUCUCAAGACAUCAGUCAGGAAGUUAAAGCUUGGUCGCAAAUGGGUCUUCCAAAUGGACAAUGACCCCAAGCAUACUUCCAAAGUUGUGGCAAAAUGGCUUAAGGACAACAAAGUCAAGGUAUUAGAGUGGCCAUCACAAAGCCCUGACCUCAAUCCUAUAGAACAUUUGUGGGCAGAACUGAAAAAGCGUGUGCGAGCAAGGAGGCCUACAAACCUGACUCAGUUACUCCAGCUCUGUCAGGAGGAAUGGGCCAAAAUUCACCCAACUUAUUGUGGGAAGCUUGUGGAAGGCUACCCAAAACGUUUCACCCAAGUUAAACAAUUUAAAGGCAAUGCUACCAAAUACUAAUUGAGUGUCUGUAAACGUCUGACCCACUGGGAAUGUGAUGAAAGAAAUUAAAGCUGAAAUAAAUAAUUCUCUCUACUAUUAUUCUGACAUUUCACAUUCUUAAAAUAAAGUGGUGAUCCUAACUGACCUACGACAGGGAAUUUUUACUAGGGUUAAAUGUCAGGAAUUGUGGAAAACUGAGUUUAAAUGUAUUUGGCUAAGGUGUAUGUAAACUUCCGACUUCAACUGUAUAAGGUGGAAGUAGAAGCCUAAGUGUUGUUGUCCAUUAGUUUACUCCAAUUAGGGGAGGGGUGGUAGGGUCAGGGGAAAAUAAUUAAGGAAAAUAUAUUUUAAAAAUAUAUGUAUAUACAGUGAGGGAAAAAAGUAUUGGAUCCCCUGCUGAUUUUGUGCGUUUCACCACUGACAAAGACAUGAUCAGUCUAUAAUUUUAAUGGUAGGUUUAUUUGAACAGUGAGAGACAGAAUAACAACAAAUACAUUCAGAAAAAUGCAUGUAAAAAAAAUUAUAAAUUGAUUUGCGGGAAAUAAGUAUUUGACCCAUCUGCAAAACAUGACUUAGUACUUGGUGGCAAAACCCUUGUUGGCAAUCACAGAGGUCAGACGUUUCUUGUAGUUGGCCACCAGGUUUGCACACAUCUCAGGAGGGAUUUUGUUCCACUCCUCUUUGCAGAUCUUCUCCAAGUCAUUAAGGUUUCGAGGCUGACGUUUGGCAACUCGAACCUUCAGCUCCCUCCAAAGAUUGUCUAUGGGAUUAAGGUCUGGAGACUGGCUAGGCCACUCCAGGACCUUAAUGUGCUUCUUCUUGAGCCACUCCUUUGGUGCCUUGGCCGUGUGUUUUGGGUCAUUGUCAUUGUGGAAUACCCAUCCACGACCCAUUUUCAAUGCCCUGGCUGAGGGAAGGAGGUUCUCACCCAAGAUUUGACGGCACAUGGCCCCGUCCAUCGUCCCUUUGAUGCGGUGAAGUUGUCCUGUCCCCUUAGCAGAAAAACACCCCCAAAGCAUAAUGUUUCCACCUCCAUGUUUGACGGUGGGGAUGGUGUUCUUGGGGUCAUAGGCAGCAUUCCUCCUCCUCCAAACACGGCGAGUUGAGUAGAUGCCAAAGAGCUCGAUUUUGGUCUCAUCUGAGCACAACACUUUCACCCAGUUCUCCUCUGAAUCAUUCAGAUGUUCAUUGGCAAACUUCAGACGGCCCUUUAUAUGUGCUUUCUUGAGCAGGGGGACCUUGCGGACGAUGCAGGAUUUCAGUCCUUCACGGCGUAGUGUGUUACCAAUUGUUUUCUUGGUGACUAUGGUCCCAGCUGCCUUGAGAUCAUUGACAAGAUCCUCCUGUGUAGUUCUGGGCUGAUUCCUCACCGUUCUCAUGAUCAUUGCAGAUUGACAGUUCUUUUGUGUUUCUUCCAUUUGCAAAUAAUCGCACCAACUGUUGUCACCUUCUCACCAAGCUGCUUGGCGAUGGUCUCGUAGCCCUUUCCAGCCUUGUGUAGGUCUACAAUCUUGUCCCUGACAUCCUUGGAGAGCUCUUUGGUCUUGGCCAUGGUGGAGAGUUUGGAAUCUGAUUGAUUGAUUGCUUCUGUGGACAGGUGUCUUUUAUACAGGUAACAAGCUGAGAUUAGGAGCACUCCCUUUAAGAGUGUGCUCCUAAUCUCAGCUCGUUACCUGUAUAAAAGACACCUGGGAGCCAGAAAUCUUUCUGAUUGAGAGGGGGUCAAAUACUUAUUUCCCUCAUUAAAAUGCAAAUCAAUUUAUAACAUUUUUGACAUGCGUUUUUCUGGAUUUUUUUGUUGUUAUUCUGUCUCUCACUGUUCAAAUAAACCUAUCAUUAACAUUAUAGACUGAUCAUUUCUUUGUCAGUGGGCAAACGUACAAAAUACUUUUUUCCCUCACUGUAUAUAUAUAUAUAUACAGUGGGGAAAAAAAGUAUUUAGUCAGCCACCAAUUGUGCAAGUUCUCCCACUUAAAAAGAUGAGAGAGGCCUGUAAUUUUCAUCAUAGGAACACGUCAACUAUGACAGACAAAAUGAGGAAAAAAAAUCCAGAAAAUCACAUUGUAGGAUUUUUAAUGAAUUUAUUUGCAAAUUAUGGUGGAAAAUAAGUAUUUGGUCAAUAACAAAAGUUUCUCAAUACUUUGUUAUAUACCCUUUGUUGGCAAUGACACAGGUCAAACGUUUUCUGUAAGUCUUCACAAGGUUUUCACACACUGUUGCUGGUAUUUUGGCCCAUUCCUCCAUGCAGAUCUCCUCUAGAGCAGUGUUGUUUUGGGGCUGUCGCUGGGCAACACGGACUUUCAACUCCCUCCAAAGAUUUUCUAUGGGGUUGAGAUCUGGAGACUGGCUAGGCCACUCCAGGACCUUGAAAUGCUUCUUACGAAGCCUCUCCUUCGUUGCCCGGGCGGUGUGUUUGGGAUCAUUGUCAUGCUGAAAGACCCAGCCACGUUUCAUCUUCAAUGCCCUUGCUGAUGGAAGGAGAUUUUCACUCAAAAUCUCACGAUACAUGGCCCCAUUCAUUCUUUCCUUUACACGGAUCAGUCGUCCUGGUCCCUUUGCAGAAAAACAGCCCCAAAGCAUGAUGUUUCCACCCCCAUGCUUCACAGUAGGUAUGGUGUUCUUUGGAUGCAACUCAGCAUUCUUUGUCCUCCAAACAUGACGAGUUGAGUUUUUACCAAAAAGUUCUAUUUUGGUUUCAUCUGACCAUAUGACAUUCUCCCAAUCCUCUUCUGGAUCAUCCAAAUGCACUCUAGCAAACUUCAGACGGGCCUGGACAUGUACUGGCUUAAGCAGGGGGACACGUCUGGCACUGCGGCGUAGUGUGUUACUGAUGGUAGGCUUUGUUACUUUGGUCCCAGCUCUCUGCAGGUCAUUCACUAGGUCCCCCCGUGUGGUUCUGGGAUUUUUGCUCACCGUUCUUGUGAUCAUUUUGACUCCACGGGGUGAGAUCUUGCGUGGAGCCCCAGAUCGAGGGAGAUUAUCAGUGGUCUUUUAUGUCUUCCAUUUCCUAAUAAUUGCUCCCACAGUUGAUUUCUUCAAACCAAGCUGCUUACCUAUUGCAGGUCUACAAUUUUGUUUCUGGUGUCUUUUGACAGCUCUUUGGUCUUGGCCAUAGUGGAGUUUGGAGUGUGACUGUUUGAGGUUGUGGACAGGUGUCUUUUAUACUGAUAACAAGUUCAAACAGGUACCAUUAAUACAGGUAACGAGUGGAGGACAGAGGAGCCUCUUAAAGAAGAAGUUACAGGUCUGUGAGAGCCAGAAAUCUUGCUUGUUUGUAGGUGACCAAAUACUUAUUUUCCACCAUAAUUUGCAAAUAAAUUCAUUAAAAAUCCUACAAUGUGAUUUUCUGGAUUUCUUUCUUCUCAAUUUGUCUGUCAUAGUUGACGUGUACCUAUGAUGAAAAUUACAGGCCUCUCUCAUCUUUUUAAGUGGGAGAACUUGCACAAUUGGUGGCUGACUAAAUACUUUUUUCCCCACUGUGUAUAUAUAUAUAUAUAUAUAUAUAUAUAUAUAUAUAUAUAUAUAUAUAUAUAUAUAUAUAUAUAUAUACACACUACCAGUCAAAGGUUUGGACACACCUACUCAUUCAAGGCUUUUUCUUUAUAAAAAAAAAAGAAGAAAAUUACAUUGUAAAAUAAUAGUGAAGACAUCAAAAUUAUUAAAUAACAAAUAUGGAAUCGUGUACUAACCAAAAAAGUGUUAAAUAAAUAUAUUUGAGAUUCUUCAAAUAGUCACCCUUUGCCUUAAAUAGUAAAAAUAAAGAAAAACCCUUGAAUGAGUAGGUGUGUCCAAACUUUUGACUGGUAGUGUAUAUACAGUGCAUUCGGAAAGUAUUCAGACCCAUUGACCUUUUCCACAUGUUGUUACGUUACAGCCUUAUUCUAAAAUGGAUUUCCCACAAUCAACACACAAUACCCCAUAAUGACAAAGUGAAAACAGAAAAUACCUUAUUUACAUAAGGAUUCAGACUCUUUGCUGUGAGACUCGAAAUUGAGAUCAGGUGCAUCCUGUUUCCAUUGAUCAUCAUUGAGAUGUUUCUACAACUUGAUUGGAGUCCAGCUGUGGUAGAUUCAAUUGAUUGGACAUGAUUUGGAAAGGCACACACCUGUCUAUAUUAGGUCCCACAGUUGACAGUGCAUGUCAGAGCAAAAACUAAGUCAUGAGGUCGAAGGAAUUGUCCGUAGAGCUCCGAGGCAGGAUUGUGUCGAGGCACAGAUCUGGGGAAGGGUACCAAAAAAUGGCUGCAGCAUUGAAGGUCCCCAAGAACACAGUGGCCUCCAUCAUUCUUAAAUGGAAGAAGUUUGGAACCAACAAGAUUAUUCCUAGAGCUGGCCACCCGGCCAAACUGAGCAAUCGGGCGAGAAGGGCCUUGGUCAGGGAGGUUACCAAGAAUCCGAUGGUCACUCUGACAGAGCUCCAGAGUUCCUCUGUGGAGAUGGGGGAACCUUCUAGAAGGACAACCAUCUCUGCAGCACUCCACCAAUCAGGCCUUCAUAGAGUGGCCAGACGGAAGCCACUCCUCAGUAAAAGGCACAUGACAGCCCGCUUGGAGUUUACCCAAAGGCACCUAAAGGACUCUCAGGCCAUGAGAAACAAGAUUCACUAGUCUGAUGAAACCAAGAUUAAACUCUUUGGCCUGAAUGCCAAGCGUCACUUCUGGAGGAAACCUGGCACCAUCUCUACUGUGAAGCAUGGUGGUGGCAGCCUCAUGCUGUGGGGAUGUUUUUCAGCGGCAGGGACUGGGAGACUAGUCAGGAUCGAGGGAAAGAUGAAUGGAGCAAAGUACAGAGAGACCCUUGAUGAAAACAUGCUCCAGAGUGCUCAGGACCUGACUGGGACUAAGGUUCACCUUCUAACAGGACAAUGCCCCUAAGCACAUAGCCAAGACAUCGCAGGACUGGCUUCGGGACAAGUCUCUGAAUUUCCUUGAGUGGCCCAGCCAGAGCCCGGACUUGAACCCGAUCAAACAUCUCUGGAGAGACCUGAAAAUAGCUGUGCAGCAACACUCCCCCUUCCAACCUAAAUUUCAAUCUGUCCCUUAGCAAAGGAUUUUUCAAGCUAAUUCUUAUUAAUGUCAUCUUUAAUAAGAUGACUUUAAUUUGACCAAUGCAUUGAAUUAACAGUGUUGAUAAUAUUGUUAAUCGAGUCUACUGGGGGCAUUGGGUGGUCUGUAAAUGUUACCAUUCAUCAAUUAUUUAUUAAAAUAACUACAUGAGAAAAAGUAAACCUUCAAAAUCUAAAGGGACAAUCUCAGGUGAAAUCUUCAUGGAAAGUAAUUUAUUGAGGAAAUAGGUUACUUCUGCCCCACCUCGAGUGCACCUAUCAAUUCUAUAUAACAUGUAACCAUGAAUUUUUUACUCAGUGUGUGAAAUGUUGGUAUUCAACCAUGUCUCUGAAAUGGUUAAUUAUGAAUGUGUUGUGCACCUACCUUUUCCUCUCCUCUAAUUUUGGUCUGCGGCUCCUCCUCUUGGCAGGUCUUUGUUCACGGUGAUGAGUUGGAUGGCUACCUGAAGGACUUUGAUGCCGACAUCCUGCCUACAGACUUCGACGGGAAAGCCCCCAUCACUGACUGCAAGGCCAUCGCUACCAAGCUGUUUGGAUCUGAGGACACAGCGCUCUAA